AGCUGCAACGCUAGCUUCCCGCCCACCACCUCCAACUUCGUCACCCAGACCUGCGAGGACCACCGCCUAUUGCGCCCCGCCAAACACUCUGCCUUGAGCGACACCCACCUCGAACCGCUCAUCAUCACCGCCAGCAUGGCCAGCCUCGACCCCCGCAUGAUGUCCGUCCAGCCUCGGAUACGAUACAACACGAUUGGCGGCGUGAACGGUCCUCUGGUCAUUCUCGACAACGUCAAAUUCCCCCGAUUCAACGAGAUCGUCUCUCUGACGCUGCCUGAUGGCACCGAGCGCUCUGGACAGGUCCUCGAAGCUCGAGGCGACCGAGCCGUCGUUCAGGUUUUCGAAGGCACAUCUGGAAUUGACGUCAAGAAGACCAAAGUCGAGUUCACAGGACACAGCUUGAAGCUUGGUGUCUCCGAAGACAUGUUGGGUCGUAUCUUCGAUGGAUCUGGAAAGGCCAUCGACAAGGGCCCCAAGGUGCUUGCUGAGGACUACCUCGACAUUAACGGUAGCCCUAUCAACCCGUACUCUCGAGUGUACCCCGAAGAGAUGAUCUCCACCGGUAUCUCCGCUAUCGACACCAUGAACUCGAUUGCCCGUGGCCAGAAGAUUCCCAUCUUCUCUUCGUCCGGUCUGCCCCACAACGAGAUUGCUGCUCAGAUUUGCCGACAGGCUAGUUUGGUCAGUGGACCUACUAGGGUUGACAAGGGCGUCCACGACGGACACGCAGACAACUUCUCCAUUGUUUUCGGUGCUAUGGGUGUCAAUUUGGAGACGAGCCGUUUCUUCACAAGAGAUUUCGAGGAGAACGGCAGCAUGGAGCGCGUCACCCUGUUCUUGAACUUGGCGAACGACCCUACCAUCGAACGUAUCAUCACUCCUCGUCUCGCCCUUACCACCGCCGAGUACUACGCUUACCAGCUCGAGAAGCACGUCUUGGUCAUUCUUACCGACUUGUCCUCCUACUGCGAUGCCCUUCGUGAGGUCUCCGCUGCCCGUGAGGAAGUGCCUGGUCGUCGUGGUUACCCCGGUUACAUGUACACGGAUUUGUCGACCAUCUACGAGCGCGCUGGUCGUGUUGAGGGCCGCAACGGUUCCAUUACCCAGAUCCCCAUUCUGACCAUGCCCAACGACGAUAUCACACAUCCCAUCCCCGAUUUGACAGGUUACAUUACGGAAGGCCAGAUCUUCAUUGACCGUCAGCUGUACAACAAGGGUAUCUACCCGCCGAUUAACGUCCUGCCGUCGCUCUCUCGUCUCAUGAAGUCUGCCAUUGGUGAGGGCCGCACACGAAAGGACCACGGCGAUGUCUCCAACCAGCUGUACGCCAAGUACGCCAUUGGCCGUGACGCCGCCGCCAUGAAGGCAGUUGUUGGUGAGGAGGCCCUGUCGUCGGAAGACAAGCUGUCCCUUGAAUUCCUCGAGAAGUUCGAGCGCUCUUUCAUCGCCCAGGGUGCGUACGAGGCCCGUUCCAUCUUCGAGUCGCUCGACCUCGCGUGGUCCCUGCUCCGUAUCUUCCCCAAGGAGCUCCUCAACCGUAUCCCCGCCAAGAUCCUCGAUCAGUACUACCAGAGGAGUCGAGGCCAGGGCGACAACAAGAAGACUGCGGCUGCGAAGGAUGCGAGGGACAACGUGGCCCAGAACGAGGAGCAGAACGGGCAGCAGGGCGAGAACCUGAUCGACGUAUAAGAUGCGGAGGGUGUAUAAUCGAUCGUCAAGUCAUAGUCAGCGAAAUAGAUACUUUGAGUUUCUUUGCG